GACGCUCUUCGUUUGCUGACAAAAUAAUUUUCUCGAAGAAGAAAAGGUGCAUAUCGCUAAAGUUAGGAGUUAAACGUUUCAUCAGUGCAUUAAAUAACUCACGUGCCGACAUAUAGAAGUUCACGCGCAUUUUAUUUCAGAUUUUUUACAGUGCUGUGUGCCGUGGGCGCUUUUUUUUACAGCUAUGAGACGGCGUAGCGAGCGAAAAAAAUCUACAUCGCCCGCACCGUUGCCGGCACGACGUAGUCGACGCUCCCGCAAAGUGUCCGACAAUGAAAGAACCGAGGAGGAGAACAGCGUAGUGCACAAAGAUGCUGAAAAUCAGGAAUUGCCACAGGCCGCCGCAUCGCGCGAAGAAAUCAAUGAUGCUCAAGAUCGCGAGCGCGCCUCCAGCGAGGAGCGUGCGGCAUCGCCAUCACCAGUGCGCAAGAGUCGCAGCAGCCGCACUACGCCUAAAAAGCGCGUGGAAAGCAAAAGCAGCGAUAAGAAGGUGGAAACCAUACCGGAGGAGGGAGAAAACGGCGCCGAUUCAGACAAAUGGCAGUCGAGCAGAAACAACGCGGAUGUCGUGAAGCCCGAGAAGAGCGAGAAGAGGACUCCGCCGGCUCCAGACAGCGUAGAUGAGCCCAAAAGUGAUGCUGAACCUGUAGCGGACCCGCAGCCCAAGCCGGAGCCAGACGCUGAGGUCGAGAAGCCGCAACCAGAGCCAGGUAAUGCCAAGAAGGACGUUGACAAAUCGGAUGAUGAAAAGCCGACCGCAGACGAUGACGCUGAUGACGAUGGCAGGCAGAGCAUUCACAUUCAAGAGGUAAAAGUUCCUUCUCCUUCGAUUAGCCUAACAGCAAGUAAGGAGGAGGAACAUCUAAAAACAUCCAGUGAUGUAUUAGACAUUCAAACAGAGGACGUUGAAGAAAGGGAUGAUGAGGCUGCUGCCGCCACCACCGAGGACACUCCUAAAUCGGAGCGCAGGGAGGAGAGGAAGAGGAAGCAUAAGGAACAGCUACCGGAGAGGAUGCCCAUCAAGGCGAAGGACGAGCAAAAGGAGAAUCGCAAACAGUCCGUAGAACAGCCAGCCCCAGCUCAGGACGAGGAGGCCAUUGAUCUUCCAAAUAACAAAAAGCACGAGACCACCUCAGUGACAGCGACACCACCCACUGCGCCAGCAGGAGCAACCGCAACUGUGCUGCAGAGUCAGCGGUCCGUGCGCAAGCGCAAGUGGUUGACAAAUAAAAAGUCAUCAGAUCGCGCACCGCCAGUGCUGGCCAUUUCGACGGACUCGCUGAAGAACAUAAUUUCCGAUGUGGUGCCAGUGCCACUCAGCGAUGUCCAGCUGGACUCUUCCUCGGAGGAGGAGGGCCUUGUCACCAGCGACCACGAAUCGGAUCGGUCCGUGACACCAGUAGGGCGCAAGGAGCGUGAGCGUGAAUGUGACGAGAGUGGCACGGUCACGGUCGUCACUGCCACUGAGAACAGUGUCGCCGAGUCGAAUGCCGCAAAGGAAGCCACCGCCGGCACAGGCCGCACCACACCGGCGCUCUCCACAGACAUUGUGCAGGUGCAUGUGGGCGGGGGGUUGAGUAAAUCAACAGUUCCAUCUGCGAAACCCAAUAUAGUCCGCUCACCGAGUCCAGCCCGCAAUCGUUCCAGUCAUGUGCUCUACAUAACCAAUUUGGUGCGUCCCUUCACUGUGCUCCAGCUGAAGGGGCUGCUGGCACGAACGGGCAAGAUAGUCGAAGAUGGUUUCUGGAUAGAUCGCAUCAAGUCUAAGUGCUUUGUUGCCUAUUCCAAUGAAGACGAGGCUAUUGAAACACGCCAUGCCCUGCACGGCGUGCGCUGGCCAGUCUCGAAUCCAAAAUGCUUGAAUGUGGAUUUCGGCAGUCGCACAGACAUGGAUCGUGCGAUACAAUUGACAAAGGACGAGCCGCCACGCUAUGGCCAGGAAAAUACCAGAGAUAAUCAGCAAUCAGGCAAUGCUUGGUCUCGAUUGGACGCGACUGAUAAAAAGCCUGCCCGCCCGGUACGGGAAUGGGAUGUGGGCAAAAAGGAGCCCAAUGAUCGCGAAAAAAUCCCCAACGACAGACGUCGUGGGAGCAAGGAGCGUGUGGUGGAUUCCCGAACACGAGAUGUGGAGCGACCGGGUCAGGAUCGCAAGCGCUCCAGGGAAGGAGAGGGUGUGCGGGGACGCGAACGUGAGCGCAAUGAACGUAAUAACGAUCGCAAUACACACGGACGUAGCCGCUCUGGAUCACCAAUGCCCAAGACAAAAAGAAAGGAGAACGAGCCGCCGAUUAGGCUGUUGGAUGAUCUGUUUCGCAAAACUAAGGGCACACCCUGCAUCUACUGGCUGCCACUUACGCCGGAAGCGAUUGCAGAGAAGGAGGCAUUCCGCCAGAAACGCAUCGAGGAGCAUAAGCUACGCAUUAAGGAACGGGAGGAGCGCCAGAAGGAGCGUGAAAAGGAUCGUGACCGUCAGCGCGAUACGCGUCGCAAUCGUUCGAACGAGCGGCGUCAUUCGCGGAGUCGCGAGAGGGAACGACGACGUUACUAGGCCCGCAACAGGAGGCGGAGGCGGCGUCUUGAGAUUGAACAAAUAAACAAUGAAUUAUAUCUCAAUAAUUAGCAUCAACCAACCAACCAUCAUCCACAACAACAAAAGUGAAGAAGAGCAACUAAAGCUAAACAAAAGAAAAAAAACUUCAAUGUGGUCUCACAUUACCCGCAAAAUGUUCAAUUUCUUCGAACGUUAUCGCGCGUUCCAUUAAAUAUAUUUUUACGUUCUUAUUAAAUAUUCAACUUGAAGUCAAAUCGACUUCAAAUUGAAUAUUUUUGCCAACGUUUCCAUAAAACUUAA